CCCUUCCUUUCAUCGUCCUUUUCAUCCUUAAUUGACACCCAAAUCCCAGGAGCUUGUACUGACUACUGUUCGAGAUGCUCACCCGAAAAGUGGGCCGUAUCAGCCGUUCAAUCACACCGUCGCAUCAUCUCUAUCCUGACUCUCAGUUCUUACCAGCCUCCUCUCUCAAAAUGCGUGACUCAUCGUCCAACGCCUUCGACGGCAUUCCGGCUCAGCCGAGUCUCAUCCAGCGAGCUCAUCAGCCCCGACGUCUUAUAUCCUCGCAGUAUUUCAGUGCGUUGGGCCCUAGUCCUGCAUGCCGGACGCGAGGAUACGCCACGAAAUCUACGGAGAAGCCUGCUAAAGAUCAAUCCCUCUUUUCUUCCCACGGCACCCCUUGGGACCAAGUCUUCCACGACAUCGACAACCUCCCGCUCCUCCCCUCCCAAAUCCUCCCCACACGCCCGCGUCCCAACCCCUCCUCAAAACACAACCCGAACCACAACAACCCCCGACGGCAGAGCAUGACCGCGCGCGAGAUCCACGCGUUCGACCAGAUGUUCAACAUGAUCUUCGAUGCCGUCGAUGCCCAGUCCUCCUCGGGCGCGUCUACGUCAUCAUCCUCGUCCAUGUUCAACGCAAGCGCCGACGACGAGGCCGAAUUCGCACCCAUCGAAGGCGCCUCCAUCGGGCUCUCCAAAACCUCCCAAUCCAUCAGCUCGCUCUACGCCCACCUCCGUCGUCAAUCCGGCAAGACCAAGUCGAAAUGGAAUAAAAGUUCGUAUUUGGACGCGGAGUUGGAUAGGAAGAAAGAGGAGAUCGAGCUUUGUGAGAGUGAUGCGGGGUUGGUGGAGUGGGCGUUGAGGGAGGUGUUUGGGGAGAGUGUGAGGUAUGAGGAGGAUGCGCGGAAAGCAUUGGGGGAUAUCGCCGCUGAACGCAACACCUCGCUCGACACCUCCGCGGACUCGGAAUCGGAAGUGAAAGUGAAAGUGAAAGUAAAGAAAGCCCUCCCAAUCCUCCAACCCCCAACUUACCCACACCUCCUCGCGCACCUCAUGCGCACCUUCCGCACCAAACACUCCAACCCGCACCUCUCCCUCGCCCUCUUCCACCACGCCCAACACCUCUCCAUCCCCUCCUACGUCUUCGGCUGCACCACGCCCGCGUACAACGAACUCCUCCUUACACUGUGGGAUGGGUUUAGGGACGUGAGGGGCGUGAUGGAGAGGGUGGGGGAGAUGAGGAGGAAUGGGGUCGUUUGUGAUAGUAGAACGAGGGAGGUGGUGGAGAGGGUGAGGAGGGAGGUGGGCGGGAGGGUGGUUUGGGGGGAGGAGGGCGGUGGCGGUGGCGGGCAAGGAGGAGGGCAGGAGUGGGGAGGAGGAGGGUUGGAAGAGGUUAUGGGGAUGGUGGGCAGGAUUGAGGAGCUGGUUAUGGGCGGUCAGGGUCGCGGUGCGAGGGGAACGAACGGAGGGAGGGGGAUGAGGAGGGAUGAGUGGAAGAGGGGGGGUAGGGAGGUGGCGGCGGUGGCGGUUUGA